AUGGGUAACAAUAAUAAAAUGGUAUUUGUUAUGGUUGAUGGUAUUGCAGAUACAUCAAUACCUCAAUAUGAAAGAAAAACCACAUUACAAGUUGCAAAUACGCCAACAAUGGAUGCAAUGUCAUCAAGUGGUAUAAAUGGUGUAAUGGAUCCAGUUGAACCAGGAUUUGCAUGUGGUAGUGAUACAGCACAUCUUUCAAUUUUAGGUUAUGAUCCAAGAAAAUAUUAUAGAGGUAGAGGUGCAUUUGAAUCAAUGGGUGCUGGUUUAGAUAUGCAACCAGGUGAUAUUGCUUUUAAAUCAAAUUUUGCAACAAUAGAUAAAUCAAGUGGAAUUGUUAUUUUAAGAAGAGCAGAUAGAAAUUUUGAACAUCUUGGACCAACAUUAUGUGAUUAUUUAACAGGUAUUAAAUUACCAUCAUUUCCAAAUUAUAGAGUAGAUGUAAAAUAUGCAACUGAACAUAGAUGUGGUGUAAGAGUUAGAGGUCCAAAUCUUACUGAUUCAAUCACUGGUACUGAUCCAUUAAAAGAUAAUUUACCAUUAUUAAAAGCAACACCUUUAGAUAUUAAUUCUCAUGAUUCCAUUUUAACAAGUAAAAUUGUAAAUGAAUUAUCAGAUGAAAUUCAAAAAGCAUUAGAAAAUCAUCCAAUUAAUAUAGAGAGAAGAGAAAAAGGUUUACCAGUUGCAAAUGUUGUAUUAUUACGUGGUUGUGGUGUUUGUGUUGAGGCACCAACCUUUAAACAAAAGUAUGGAAUGAAUGCAUUUAUGAUUGCUCCAACAUGUAUUAUCGCUGGUUUAGGUAUGUCUGUAAAGAUUGAUGUGAUUGAAUCUGAAGGUGGUACAGGUGAUUAUCAUACAAACUUACAAUCAAAAGCUGAUACCUUAUUAAAGAAUAUAUUGGAUGUUGACAAUGAUAAAUAUCAAUUUGGUUUCUUACAUAUUAAAGCAGUAGAUGAUGCUGGUCAUGAUAAAAAUGCCCCUCUCAAAAUUGAAUUCUUAGAGAAAAUUGAUAAAAUGUUACAUUUUAUAAUUUCACAAUUAGCAAUUGCUCAAAAUGAAAACAAAGGAAAUUUUACAAUUUGUUUAACAGGUGAUCAUUCAACACCAGUUUUAACAGGUGAUCAUUCUUAUGAACCAGUACCAUUUACAAUUUGUAAAGUGAUUGAAGCUGAUAAAAUUAUAAAUAAGAAAAAUGAUGAUAAUAAUAUUAAUAAUAAUAAUAAUAGUAAUAGUAGUAAUUGUUUUAGUGAUAAUGUUAAAGUUUUUAAUGAAAUUGAAUCUACUAGUGGUGUAUUAGGUAGAUUCCCUGGUGGUCAAGCAAUGAAUAUUAUUUGUCAAUAUAUGAAUAAUUAA